AUUUUGAGCCGAGAAAAAAGGGUGGAAAAGUUUGAGAAAUAGGAAUCAAUUUAAUUUUGUUGCAAUUUCAUUGAUUGAUUGAAAGUUGAUGGCUCGUCGUGAGCAUUAUGAUCACCUCAUAAAGCUUCUUUUGAUCGGCGAUAGUGGUGUUGGAAAGAGUUCUCUUCUUCUACGCUUCUCUGAUAGUGUGUUUGAAACAAGUUAUAUUACUACCUUAGGCAUUGAUUUUAAAAAUAGAAUCAUAGAGUUGGAUGGAAAAAAGAUUAUGCUGCAAAUUUGGGAUACUGCAGGUCAAGAGCGGUUCCGAACAAUUACAACCGCUUACUAUCGCGGUGCUAUGGGCAUAUUGCUAGUCUAUGAUGUUACAAAUGAAUCUUCAUUUAACAAUAUCAGGAGUUGGAUUAGUAGCAUUGAGCAACAUUCUAAAGACAAUAUUAUAAACAAAAUACUGGUUGGGAACAAAGCUGACAUGGAUGAAAGGAAAAGGGUGGUGCCUUUCUCCAAGGGCAAAGCACUAGCAAAUGAGUAUGGAAUCAAAUUCUUUGAAACAAGUGCAAAGACAAGUCAAAAUGUCAAUGAAGCUUUCUUCUCAAUUGCAAGGGAUAUAAAACAAAGGCUUCCGGACAUUGAUUCUACGAAAACGCCAACAAGAUUUCGAAUCAACAAACAAGAUAAGGCAACUUCAAAACACGGUGCACAGAAGUCGGCAUGCUGUGGUUGAGGAAGCAGAAUUGUUAUUCAAGAUCAAGAAGGAAAAUACUUGUAUGAUGAUAUUGAUGAUUAACUAUGUUUUGUGUUUUUUAAACUUAUCAUUCUUUCAUAUGAUUUAUUUCUUUUCUAGAAGUAAAUUAAACUAAAUUUAAAUGAAAAUGUGAUUGUGUCAUUUCCCCUAAGUUGUUUCAU